AUGCGACCACUGCGACGCUCAUCGCGAAAUCGCAGCGGCGCGUCGGCUGGCGUCCCGUCGUCGGCGAGCCCGCUGUUGACGGCGGCAUGGCUCCUCGCAGCGGCAUUUCUGUGGACCUCCGGCGCUCGCGCGCAGGGAGUCGCGGUGGACUCGGCCGACUGGACGACGCUGGUCGCGCUGCGGGACGACAUGUCGUUUCUGGUGCCCACGAGGAGUCCCAAGGUCUACUGGACGGCGCCUGACAGCUGCGACAGCCUGUUUGGCAUCAUGUGUGACGGGGACGGCAACGUAGUCUCCCUGGUGAUGACGGGAGCCAAUGGACCGCUGCCAGCUGUUAUCGGAAAUUUCCCCUACCUCUAUUCGCUUUCUAUCUCAGGGAAUCUAACCUCCCUGCCUGUUGAGCUCAGCAGCCUCUCCCUUCUCACUGUUCUGCACCUGUCUCGGAACAACAUAACAGGCCCUUUCCCAGCGUCCAUCCUCGCUCUCAGGAAGCUCAGAUCACUCAACCUAGAGUUGAACCAGCUGUCUGGCAGCCUUCCCUCCGGCAUAUCUGCCCUCUCCUCCCUCAGCGACCUGCGGCUGGACUCCAACCAAUUCACCGGAUCCAUCCCUUCAACCAUUGGCAAACUCUCCAACCUCACUCUCCUGUCGCUCUCGUCCAAUCAGGUGACGGGCGCCAUUCCACCUGCCAUUUCGACCCUCAAACUUUUGAGAACCCUCAAUAUGCAGCGCAACAAGCUAACAGGCUCCAUCCCUUCUCAGACCAGCACUCUCACCCGCCUGCAACGCCUGCACCUCAAUCGCAACACGCUCUCAGGCUCCCUCCCUGCAACCAUCAAGGCCCUCACCGCCCUGCGCAUGCUUGUCUUUGACUACAACACCAUUAGUGGCUCUCUCCCCGCCUCCAUAGGGGCCCUGCCCUCGCUCGUCUACCUGAGUGGCAGCAAAAACAAGCUAACUGGUGCCAUCCCGUCUGUCAUUGGGGCUCUUUCAAAACUCACUUACCUAGCACUCGACCGCAAUUCUCUUUCAGGUGCAUUCCCUUCGGCGCUCUCCAAACUCAGCUACCUUCAAACCGUCUCCCUCUAUCGCAACAACAUCACUGGGUCGCUCCCUGUGGGGCUGUCUCAGCUCUCAUACCUAUUUGACCUCGAAUUGUCAUACAACAAGCUCACGGGCACCAUCCCCGCCUUCUGCAACACCGACAUGGCAGACCUCUCCAUCCUGAGCCUCUCCAACAAUCUCCUCACGGGUUCUCUCCCAGCCUCGCUCUCGCUCUGCGCCUCCAUUUACUCCCUGGACGUGAGCGGCAACUAUUUCAACAACAAUCCUGCCUCUCUCAUUGCCAGCAUGACCUCGCUCGCCUAUCUCAACCUAUCGCGCAACUACUUCACGGGUCCCCUCCCAUCGCUCCCCUCGGCCUCCGCAGUCCUCUCUCUCGACCUCUCCUCCAACUAUUUCUUCGGUCGUGGCAACGCGUACGACACCGCCAGCAGCCCCAUCUGCCCUUCCGCAACAGUCCCUGUCAGCACCACCAACAACUGCCUCUCCUACCUCGCCUCCCCUCCUUGCACCGACCCUAGCUAUCCCCCGGACCAGCCGCAGCGUCCUGUAUUUCAGUGCCAAGCCUUCUGCCGGACCAACUUCUCAGGUUCGGACAUCGCGGCCGUGAACGAGCAGUGUGGGUUCGGCGGAGGGGUGUGUAUUGCCACGGCAACAGUCUCGGCGGCAGCGGGAACAGCUACAGUGCAGUUCAAGUGUAGCUGUAACACUACGUUCUAUACCUUAUCUACAGACAGCUUGACAUGCAUUCGAAAGC